AUGCAUGCCGGAACUAGUCUGGAGGAUUUAGAUUUAGGCUUGCGUGCUGCUACCGCAUCCGCAGUGCGGCACUUGAAUAUAGGUCAUUGCACUGCACUUCGCAAGCUCACUUUGCGGUGGGUGCCAGACAUUUCUUUGGCAGAGAUCCUGCGCAUCAUUUCCCCCAAUUGCCGCCUCCACAAACUUGACAUAUUGAUGUGGCCAGGAGAAGUGGAUUGCGAGUGGGAGAGCGCAGCCCAUAUCCUGGACGAGCAGCGGUUUCUCACACUGCGGGAGUUCAGGCUGAAUGUUCAAUUUGUCGAAAUUGCCGAGGAAGAGAAGCGGCGCAUUUCGGACUGUUUCGCUGCCUUGCGUCGGCGAGGUGUCAAAUUUAGGCUGUUUUUCAAUGGCCAGCAGUAUCGCAGCGAUUUGCCCACUAUAUCAGCAUGUCAAUCGAAGACUCCCGAGCUGCAGGUUGAAGACGGACAGUUGCCUGGAGUGCCUCUUACAUCUCACGACGAUGUGCACCAAUCGAGCAUCUGA